AAUACGCAUGCGCAGAUGGCCGCAGUUACUCAUCUCGUGAGCGCGCACGCCAGUGGAAAGUUUCAUCGUCACUAACGGCGUCGCGCAGCCAAGGGACAACAAUCACCCAGGAGAACCAGCAGAAAUCAACACUAAGAAAUGGGUCGCCUAACAUUACUGUUACUCUGUCUGGCUUUGGUAUCAGUUGUGGCCAAACGAGGGGGUGGCGGUAAAGGUGGAUUCAGCUGGGGCAAAAGUGGUGGAAACUCAAACAAAGGAGGAAGCAGCACAGGAAGCCGAAGUGGCAGCAGUAGCAGCAGCAAUAAAGGCUCUUCAUCACAUGGGACACACUCGUCCCCUGGAAACUAUCCUCGCCAACCUCAAGUACCAAACCAGAAUCCACCCCCCUACCCUGGUACUGGAGGCGGGUAUCCGGCACAGGGCAAAUAUCCACCAGCAGGCUCUAACCCAGGUCAAGGAAACCCUAACCAAGGUAGCAACCCAGGACGUGGUGGUUAUCCGGCCCAAGGUGGUUAUCCGGCCCAGGGUGGUUACCCGGCCCAGGGUGGUUAUCCGGCCCAGGGUGGUUAUCCGGCCCAAGGUGGUUAUCCGGCCCAAGGUGGUUAUCCACAAGGUAACUACCCAGGGCGUAGUGGUUACCCAGCACAAGGUGGUUACCCAGGGGGAGGAUCUUAUCCAGGAGCAGGUUCAUACCCCAACAGGAACCCUGGACAAGCCGGAGGAUAUGGAAAUCCUUACCCAGCUGGUGGCUCUUAUCCAGGUUAUCCAGUCCGGAGAGGUUCCAGCCCUAACCAGUUUGGUGGAGGUGUUGCAGGAGCAGGAGUAGGUGCAGGUGGAUAUCCAGGAGCGGCACAAUAUCCUUACUGGAACCCUCACAACAAAAUCAUGAGCCCAGGCUACGGUGGCAACUAUGGAAGUUAUGGGCACGGCGGCAGGUCACCUUUCGCCCAGUCAGUGCAAAACAUGGGUAUGGCCCCUUCAUAUCAAUCAAAGGGGUUUGGCAAGCAGGCGAUUAUGGCAGCUGGGGUUGGGGCGGUGGCUGGUAUGGCUCUGGGAUAUGGCCUCGGUAGUUUCCCCCGCCCCCGUUUCAAUUUCCACAACCCGCAGGAGGAAUACUACUACAAUCACUACAUGUACAAACGUUACGGCCAACCUCCCCCUGACAGUAACGUGAACGGGAACACUAACUCUCAAGGUGGAAGCCCAGGUAAUGCAGGAUCGACCUCUGCCGGACAAGGAAAUGUUAACCCUCAUGACAUCUUCCAGAAUCCUCCACCGCAGUCCUAUGAUAGCUUCAUGGACAAGUGUGUGAAGAGGACAGACUUGCUCCGAGAGAAACCUGAAGGAAGAUCGAGGAGAUCCACUGACUUUGUUGAGGCUCAAGCAGUAGAAGUAGGUGAUGAUCCUACUGGUGCUCAAGAAAACACAACAAACAACAACAGCACUGCAGAAAGAGACACAACCGGAAGCUCUUUAUUUGUAACCUCAAAGCCGCCCGAGACACCCAGUCAAGCUCAAAAGCAGACCCAGGAAAGAAGAGCAGAAGCUGAAGAUGACGAUGACACUGUUAGCAUUAUGGAGAUCGGCUAUCCUGCACUAAUUGAGCAAAUGAAAGCACGACGUUGUGUUGAGCUGUACAUGGUCUAUGCGGAACAGCAUGCAGAAAAACAGGUGCAGGAUCGCAGUAAAGUAGAUGAUAAAACCAGCAGCAGUAGCGGUGACUUACCUGGACCCUUUGGCCAUGGUGUCAUGCUACUCUUUGCUAGCAUUCUGUCGCUUAUCUGAAGUUCGCUUCUACACUAAAAUUCUGGAAAAGGUUACACGUAAAGCCAUUGAGUCAGACUGAGAAAUGGACCGUUUGCACCCAUCAAAUGUUAUCUGAGGAAUUUGUCUUUGAUGUUUAGAGACUUUUCAAGGUAUUCUUGAAAAACUACGUGGAGAUUCAACAGAAUGUACUGACACUUCUCACAAUGACUCCUGUAUAGUUACUCUACUAAAUUGCAACAUGAGCCACCUAACAAUUUGUCAUGAGCCCACAUUUCAGAUCAGUUUCCAAAGGAGCUAUAAACCUUUGCAUACAAUUACUUUUAACAAUGUUAAACUUCCAUCACUGCCACCUUCUUGCAUGUGUUUUGGGGAACACCAACUUAUCUUCCAAGACAGCAUAAUGCAUGAACCCUUUAUUAUCUCCAAUUUAAACAGAAUUGUGCAUGGCAUUGGCAUUUGACUUAUUGUUUUCAACUGGCAACAGCAAUUACAACAAACCAUGGUAAUUGUAUCUCUGUGUCUCUGAUUGUUUGGACUGUUAACUUAGGGAUUAACUUUCUACUGAUGUAUUUAUAUCUUUUAAAUUAUUAUUAUAGACAUAAUUGUAAUGUUUUUUCACAGUCCUCCACUGUUCGUUUUGUUAUCUUUACUUUUUAGGGGCCGUUCACAAAGAACGUGUUUUUGCAUUCUGUUUUUCUGUAUAAACGUGCACUAGAUGGACAUUGACCACUGACUCUUUUGCAGUAGAAACAUAUAAACACUGCGUUUUUAGAAAGCGGUGCCAAAUUAAAAAACAUUCAGAGACCUUGUGUUUUUGUCAUUCCAUGUUCCCAGCGUCUCACAUUUUUAAAUGGAAUAACACUUUCUGUGUGAAUGGCUUCCUAGUGAAUGUUUUUGUGAUCAUAACUGUUUGGUUUUUAACUCAAUAUGUACAAUAAUAGUUUCAUUCAUAUCAGACACUCAUGCAGUUCAACUCAAAGAGAUUAGAUAAAACGGCAUUUUAUAUAAAGCUGGAUCUUUAUCAGUAGCAUGGUGCUGUGGUUUCUCUGAAUAUUACUGCUGAACUUUCAAGUAGAUUAUCAACCCAGCUUGGUACUUUGCUAAAUCAUUUAUCUAGAAGGACUGUGGCGACCACUGGAUGACCAGUAGAAGGCAAUGCUUAACGACUUUAUUGUUACUCAGCUGCAUAUGUAUUGUUAUGCCUUUGAGAUGUUGUGAAUGUUGAAAGUGUGUAUAAUGUUACCAUCACUGGGAUUAAAGUGAUUAAAUGCACCUUA